AUGGAUCUGGCCAAUCUUUUGCACGCCGCCCCCAAGCGGGCUUGUCCUGAGGAGUUCAAGCGCUCCCCGCAAGCGCCUCCCUCGCCGCCAGUGGAAGAGCAGCCCAAGUGCUCGCUGCCUUCGAUCACAGCUCUUCUCGAGGGUGCCGACGGUCACGCAGCUAAGCGCCAACGCCUGAGCCCACCCGCUCACCAGCGCGAUGCUCGCUACGACACCGUCCAUCUCCCCCCAACACCACCACUGCGCCCCGGCUCCGGCUCCGGCCACAGCCACAGCAGCUCCCCGAUCGAGCACAAGGAGCAACACCACCGCACCUCCAUUUCCUCCACCGGCUCCGCACACCACCACGGGCCCUACGCCUCGCCCGCCCCCAGCGUCGCCUCCUACAGCUCCGACGCAAACAUGUACUACACCCGCCCACCACCAACAACCACCACCUUCGCACCCACCAUCUCUGCGCCCAUUCCCCAGUCUCUCCCGCAACAGACCGCGCCGGCUCCUGCGCCCGCGCCGCAGUCUCAAUCGCCCUCUCUCAUCUCGCCUGUGACUCCGGCCUGGCAACACCACCACUACUUCCCGCCCUCAACAGCGGCACCCUACCAGCAGAACCAUGACCGGUAUAUCUGCCGAACCUGCCACAAGGCCUUCUCCCGCCCCUCCUCUCUGCGCAUCCACUCCCACUCGCACACGGGCGAGAAGCCCUUCCGCUGCACCCACGCCGGCUGCGGCAAGGCCUUCUCCGUGCGCAGUAACAUGAAGCGUCACGAGCGGGGCUGUCACUCUGGACGACCGGCGCCACCAGCUGCUACCGCUCUAGUUUCUUAG